ACUCUCUCAACCGUCUGUCUGUCACUCUGAACCGUUGGUGCUUUUCGUUCACACCGGACAGAUAACAGCUGAGAGAGCGGUCAACGUCUGACUUUACGUAGCUGUGUGAUUCUAAAACAUUAAUAGACAGUUUCCUUUCAUUUUUUUUCUUUCCAGUAAUGUGGUUAAAAUGAUGUGAGGAUGGCCAAGCGACCGGGGACCGACGACGGGAUGCUGACUUCGCCGACCAUUCUCCGGGAUUUCGCCGCCGACUUGAACACCGGGGAUGUGAACAUGGACUGCGGCGACGGAGCCGAGGAGGUCUCCUUGGAAGAAAUCUUGACUCUUUACAGCCAGCCGAUAAACGAGGAGCAGGCAUGGGCAGUGUGCUAUCAGUGUUGUCGGACUUUAGCACAGAGACAUCGGAGGAAAGGCUCCAAGUCUGCCGGUGCUUCUGCUGCCGACUAUCCGAGGAGGAUUGAGGGACCCGGGGAUGUGAAAAUCGGGAGAGACGGGACUGUCAAACUGCACUUUGAAGACGGCACAGAUAAAUACCAAUCAGCUCCAACAUCAUCAGCGGUUAUUGACUCACUGGGUGUCAUGAUAUACAAAGCUCUGGACUAUGGCCUCAAAGAAAACGAGGAGCGUGAACUCAGCCCGCCUUUGGAGCACCUGAUUGAUAUGAUGACCAACAUUGAAGAAACUGAGAGUGACCCCUGUCCGGAUGAGGGCUACGAGGCCACUGAAGAGGAGGAUGAGUGUGAGGAAGAGGAGGCUGAAGAGGAGCUCGUCUCUGCUACAACCACUGGCACAGUCAGCGGCAUUCGCAGCUAUCAGGAUAUCAUCUCGCUAUGUUCUACACACCUGCCCAGUCCAUCAGACGCUCCCAGUCAUUACCAGGCUGUGUGUCGCGCUCUCUAUGCCGAGACUAGGGAACUGCGCACCUUUCUGGAAAAGAUUAAGAGCGCCAAGGAGAACCUUCGGAAAAUGGAAGGUGAGACACACGAGGAACCUGUCAAAGACCUCAAUGAGCUGCAAAAUGCAGACUGGGCACGGUUCUGGGUGCAGGUGAUGCGAGAUCUACGACAUGGUGUAAAGUUGAAGAAGGUUCAGGAACGCCAGUACAACCCACUGCCCAUUGAAUACCAGCUCACACCCUACGAAAUGCUGAUGGAUGACAUCCGCUCUAAACGUUAUAAACUGCGAAAAGUCAUGGUGAAUGGAGACAUCCCUCCAAGGUUAAAGAAGAGCGCACAUGAAAUUAUUCUGGAAUUCAUCAGGUCACGACCGCCGCUCAAUCCUGCCUCAGCCCGUAAACUGAAACCCCACCCUCCCCGACCCCGGAGCCUUCAUGAGCGACUGCUUGAGGACAUCAAAGCUGAAAGGAAGCUCAGGCCGGUCUCACCAGACAUGAUCCGCAGAAGUCGUUUGGGUGCAGGGAAAAGCAUCAGCACCCCUCAGGACUUGUUCCGAAGCUCAGACACUCCUGAUGCACCCAGGAAGUUAGCUGGCAGCACCCAUUCUCUGGCCAGUGCCACCACGGGACCCAAUCAAGGCGGAGUGCAGCCACUUAGCCAGAGGAAGAGGCUGCUCAGGGCACCAACGCUGGCCGAGCUGGACAGCUCCGAAUCGGAUGAGGAGCCCACACGAAGCAGCUCCAGUAUGUCCACGUCUCUGUUGGAGGACACGUCACCCGAGUCCGUCGUAGGGAAGAAGGCUCCUCCAAAGUUCCUGCCUGUCUCCGCCACCCCACAGCCAGACAAGCGUCAGUCUCCACAGAGACGACACUCUAUCGAGAAGGAGACCCCCACCAGUGUCCGCCCCUUCGUACCUCCAUCCAAACAGAGCUCCAAGUCUUUGCUGAUGGCGGAUCCCAGCGCCAAGGUGGAAGCUGCCAGUGGUGCUCAGGGCACGGAGGAGUUCUGCUACCCAGUGGAGUGUCUGGCUCUGACGGUGGAGGAGGUGAUGCACAUCAGACAGGUUCUGGUCAAGGCCGAGCUGGAGAAGUUUCAGCAAUACAAAGACAUUUACAACGCCCUCAAGAAAGGAAAGCUUUGCUUUUCAUGUCGGACCAAGAGAUUCUCCCUCUUUACCUGGUCCUACACCUGCCAGUUCUGCAAAAGGCCUGUGUGUUCCCAGUGCUCUAAAAAGAUACGGCUGCCAUCUAAGCCUUAUUCCACCUUGCCCAUCUACUCUUUGGGUCCAAGUGCUAUGGCUAAAGAAGAGGCAAGUGGAGCGUCUGCCCCCACAGAGCCUGAAAAGCACCCGUUUGGGUCUGGACACAGCCGACACAGUCUACGCAGGAGUGUUUACAAGUUGUCCAAGCACGGAAGUAGUAGCAGCAGCAAAGAUGGCCGGUCACAGGACGAGCCAGAGCUGCCCAAGGAGCUGACAGAGGACUGGGUCACCAUGGAGGUCUGUGUAGACUGCAAAAAGUUCAUCACGGAGAUCAUCUCCUCCAGCAAGCGCAGCCUGUGCGUAGCCACCAAGCGUGCCCGUCUCAACCGCAAAACCCAGUCCUUCUACAUGUCGUCGUCCAGCUCUGUCAACUUCAGGCCCUCGGAGCGCACCAUCAAUGAGGUGUAGGAAGUAGGACCGCCCUGUGCACUUUUGUUCAUGCUGAGCUCAUUCGUUCAAUGGAAAAAAAAAAAAAAAAAAAAUCCUCUAUUAGUCUCGUUUUGACACGGACUGGUUCACUGCAGUUUAUGUAAAUGGUGAUUUUCAAAAAAUCAGAAGUGACCAUCCCACCCCAAAGGUAGUAAAGGUUCUUGCACCUUACCCCCUCUCAGGAAAAGUUGGCACGCUAUGAUUGGCCAUGACUAGUCAGGACUCUGCAGUAGCUGCCACGUAACAUUGGACAGCCAUGUUUCUAGCAGUAGCAGUGGUAGUUCAGGACACGGUGGGUAAAAUGGAUAUAUUGAGCUGCUGAUGUCGCUGUUGUGAACCAGGUAAGAGAAUGUAUAUUUGACAUAAGAGCGGGAUCAGCUGAUACAGAAAGCCAAAAGCUGCAGCGAUUUCGUGUAAAUAGUAUCAAGGUCCGGCCCUAAUCUUAGCUAUCAACAAGUUUUCCAGUUCCUGUUUACUUGGAGCACUCAGGAAGAACAACCGAUUGUCUUUUUGACAGAAAUGCACUGUAGAUCCUCCUGUCAGGUCUGCUGGGGUAGAUCUCAGCCACCCCCUGCCCCUCCUUUAUUCUUCCAGCAACAAUUAUGCCAAAUGUUACAUCAUUCAUUUUUUAGCCAGUUUAAUUGCAUAUUUGCUAUUAUUACAGAACACAUUGAGGGGUAAGAAUAGUCAGUUUAUUUUUCUGGGAGGGGUUUAGCUUUUAGUUAUAAUGUAUAUUCAAUUCUGUGCCUGGUGCCAAACUGUAUUUUUUUUUUCUUUGAAUGCCUUUGUAGUUAUGGACCUAUUGUACAUAUGUGUGAUAAACUCAAUGGGGUGCAUUUUAGGGUAAUCCAAGGUUUGGUUUCUUGCCCUUCCAUGUUCCAAGCUGGGCAAUAGAAGCACAGAAAUGUGGGCCAUGAGUGUGUACAUGCUGUAUAUCCUAAUUGUUCCAAAUUUAAAUUUAAUAUAAAAAAAACUAAACUAAGUAGAAGUAUAAUUUUACCAUGUUUUAAGAUUUCUGCCUCUGGAAUUUCUUUAUUUGAAAUUCUUCUCUGAGACCUUUAUUAUUAGUGUUAUUUUGUUUGUGUCAAUGUAAUAGUAAGAUUUUAUUUCUAUUGUAUAGUUUAUAAACUCCUCAGUGUUAAGAUACUCCUCUAAAUCGCAAAUAGCACUUUUAUUGGACCAAUUCAUUGUUUAUUUUGGGUUUUUGUCUUAAUUAAUAAUUAUUAAAAUCUUUGUUUUUCAGCUCUUGGGAGUCCAUAGUGCCAUUUCCCAGGGUUCCUCAUAAAUGAAAAUGUGUGUGAAUGGCUGCAGGUUGUUUGUAAGAAAGAAUAAUGGCUAAAACAAAACACUCCACUCCACUGACUUGAUUGUAGGCCAUUUUUAAGCAUAUGACUGUCAUCGAAUAUGCUUUAUGAACAUUUUAUCCUUUUAAAAAAACAUAGUCUCAUUCACAUUUACACAUACAUACACACAUAAACAUCUUAUGUUCAUAUAGUGUUUUGUGACAGUUGUUACCAAAUGGACACAAAGUCUAACCAGCCUGUCAAGUAAUGAUGCCAUGCCAUAGUACAUCUGAUCAAUUUUAUUUUAGACCUCUGUAAGGAAUGUGUGCAUGCUGUAUUGUGAUCUUAUUGUUUUUAUCAGAAAUUCUAAUAAAAUCAUCAUGAUUCUUA